GAUGAUUUGGCAAUCGUGAUUCGGAACCACGCCGACAUUUUUCUUGAUGACCUACCGGUGGGCUUGCCACCUCAGCGACCGCAUGACCACAAAAUCGAGCUCGAGCCCGGCGCGCAACCUACUGUUCGGACCCAAUGGCGGUUGACCCAGCCCUGGUUGGAUGAACUUCGACGCCAGUUGGACUACCUGCUCGAGAAAGGUUUCGUUCGCCCCAACACAUCACUGUUUGCAACUCCGAUUCUGUUCACCCCGAAGAAAGAUGGCGGUCUCCGUAUGUGUAUCGACUAUCGUGCCUUGAAUCGGGUUACCAUCAAAUCUCGCUACCCCAUUCCACAUGGCGACGAACUCAUCGACCAGCUUCGAGGGGCCAGAUUUUCUCGAAGAUUGACGUGCGAGGCGGUUACCACCAGAUUCACGUGAACGAAGCUGACUGCUACAAGACGGC